UCGAAAGGUUAUGAGUUUUGGUUGAGUUUGGAAAAGAAACGCAUGCCGGAGUAUCCCGAUUUCUGCUAAAGCUUUCAUCUUUCUCAUCCCGAUUCCCUUUAAAUUCGUAAUCAUACAUUUUCAAUUCAAAGAUUGCUGAAAUAAAGAUAAGUAAUCGCCUUUCCUCGCUUAUAUACAUAGAUAUAUAUAUAUAUAUACACAAAAACAGAGUUUUGUAUAGAAGAAGGAGAAGAAGAAGGCAUGGACAGUUUGUUUUUGAAAACAGGGAUUCCUGGCAUAGCUCCGCCGAUCCAAAUGGGUGGAGGGCUUGAUGUCCGUACAAACCCAUCUCAGUUAAGCGCCGUAGGAAGGUCUAACACAGGGGACAAGUCAACAACGGCUCAAAAUAAGACGACAGUGUCUUCGAGGUUUUCGUUUAAGUAUUCUUUGAAAUCUUUUUGGUCAGGCGGAGGAGGAGUAGGAGGUCGGAGUGGUGGAGGCAGGUAUGGUGGAAUGGCCCUUGACGACACCGUUUUGACGGAAAACGGUGAAGAGAAGAAGGUCGAUGAGGUUCGUGGUCAGAGGAUUGGUGUAAUGGGUUCCGAUGGACGAAAUGGAAACUGGGUUUUGAAGAUUUUGCAUGUUCGAUCGAUGUGGAAGGAAGAUGAGGAGAAAGAAGAAGAAGAAGAAGGGAAAAGUUUUGAUCUUGAUGCUAAGCUAAGGAAGGAGGUUGGGAAUGGAAGUGGGGUCGAUGAUGAUCAGGAGAAAGGAUCUGAGGGUGAGAAUGAUGAGGGUUGUGAUGGGUGUAGAGUAGAAGAUGAUGACGAAAAAGAUUCUAAGUUUGAUAGAGAUUCAUUUUCAAGGUUGCUUCGGAAAGUCUCAUUAGCCGAGGCCAGGUUAUAUGCUCAAAUGUCAUACUUGGGGAAUUUGGCUUACUGCAUUCCCAGAAUUAAGCCACGAAAUCUUCUCAGAUGUUAUGGCCUGCGUUUUGUAACAUCAUCCAUAGAUAAAAGGGAAUUGGCUGCUAAAGCUGAGAAAACUCAGGAGCCAGUGGAAAUUCAAGAAGAAGAAAAAGAAUCGAAGGAGGUUGAGGAAGUGGAAAAUAACAAAAACAAUGGAUAUGGAAUAAGUGCAUCUGCUGCUUACCAUAUUGCUGCUUCUGCAGCUUCUUAUUUGCAUUCUCAUACAAGGAGCAUACUUCCCUUCCAAUCUUCAAAAGGUGAGGCUGGCAAAGAUUUGUCCGAAGAAAGUGGAAGGACCAAUGAGGGUGUCAGGAUGAUGAACUCUGAGAUGGCUUCUUUGAUGGCUACCACCGAUUCUGUUACUGCUGUGGUUGCCGCAAAGGAGGAAGUAAAACAGGCCGUUGCUGACGAUUUGAAUUCAACACAUUCAUCGCCUUGUGAGUGGUUUGUGUGCGAUGAUGAUCAGAGAGCCACAAGAUUUUUUGUUAUUCAGGGAUCAGAGUCACUAGCAUCUUGGCAAGCAAAUUUACUUUUUGAACCUGUUCGGUUUGAGGGAUUGGACGUGCUUGUGCAUAGAGGUAUAUAUGAGGCUGCAAAAGGGUUAUAUGAACAGAUGCUGCCUGAAGUCCUUGCGCAUCUUAAAUCUAAGGGAGACCAGGCAACCUUUCGUUUCACUGGCCAUUCUCUCGGGGGAAGCUUGGCGCUACUGAUAAAUCUCAUGUUGUUAAUACGGAAUAAAGUGCCACUUUCUUCCUUGCUACCUGUAAUAACUUUUGGUUCACCAUCCAUUAUGUGUGGAGGCGAUCGUCUUCUUCGCAAACUAGGGUUGCCGCUAAGUCAUGUUCAGUCAGUUACAAUGCACAGGGACAUUGUUCCUAGAGCUUUCUCUUGCAAUUACCCUAACCAUGUCGCCGAGUUUCUCAAGGCUGUUAAUGGGAGCUUUCGGAAUCUUCCUUGUCUCAAUAACCAGAAACUAUUGUAUGCUCCAAUGGGCAACCUUUUGAUUCUUCAGCCGGAAGAGAAGUUCUCCCCAAACCAUCAUCUUCUACCUUCAGGCACAGGUCUAUAUCAUUUAACUUAUCCAUUGUCGGACACUGAUGAUGCAGAGAAGCUUCUUCGAGAUGCAAAGUCAGUGUUCUUAAACUCACCACACCCACUUGAGAUUCUACGAGACAGAUCUGCCUAUGGUUCCGAAGGAGCCAUCCAAAGAGAUCAUGACAUGAACUCCUACUUAAAAAGUGUAAGAGGGUUUAUUCGCCAAGAGCUAAACCUCAUUAGAAAGGCCAAGAGAGAGAAUCGCCGGAAGGUGUGGUGGCCGCUUGUGGCGCUGCAUGGUGUUAAUGCCGGCAUUGUUGUGGGAAGGACUCUUGGGACAGCAGCAGGCAACAUGGGCCGAGAGCAGUUUAACUUUUCCGGCAUUGUAAAAACAGGUAGAGCAUCAUUGAAACGAUUCAGCAGGCUUGUGACAUCACAGCACAUGCACUUGUUUGUUGUGCUAUUGUUCCCUGCGCGGUUGUUACUCUUAGGAGCAUUCAACAUGAUCAGUUCCAAUUGACUUGUCUUGUUGAAUUGAGGGCUGGCAGGGAUUGCAUUGUCUCUCCCUUUAGCUUUUUUUUUUUAUUCUUUUUCUUUUUGGUGGGACAGUUGUACAGGUGGAACUUCCAUUGAAGUUGGUGGCAAGUUGCUUAGAUGAUUCUUUAUUCAAUCUUUUUUUCCAAAUUUGGAAGAAAAUGAGGUCUUUGUUUAGCGUAGUCAAAUACAGUUAGGAAAAACAUUAUUGAGAAUACACUUACAAAAAUCAGAAAGUUUCACUCUUGUGAAUUUAUUUGGAUUAUAUUAAAUUACUAAUGGUAUUUGUUGGGUGUCUCUA